AUGAACAAACACGUUACAAUCCUCCCUUCUGAGGUUCAUGGACUGAUUGACUGUGCCAGAUAUCAGAUUGAGCAACUUGAAAGCAAAGUUGCUUCGUCCCUUGAUCGGGAUCAUAAUGCUAAUGUCGGGAAGAAUGCUGACACCAGCAAUCAGACGAAACAUAACGAGGCGGUCUGCUCCACCACGACCUCCCAUCUGUCACGAGAGGAACUCGAAGAUGCCUUGGACGACGGUUUCAUGUGCAUUGACCUUCAGACAGUACAGACCAAGUUACAGAAAUGGAAUCAACUCUUCCCUCAAGUCAAACCAUACUUUGCCAUGAAGUGCAAUCCGGACCCAAUGGUGGUUAAGUGGUUAGCGAACAAUAGUCAGUUAUCAGUCGGAUUUGAUGUCGCCAGCUGGGGUGAGAUUCAAUUGGCGUUGGAAGCUUGUGGGAAUGACACUAGCAUUGACGUCACAACUAAGGAGCCUCAGGGGCAGCCAAGACUGGUAUAUGCCAAUCCACAACGAGCCGAGCAAGACUUGAAGAAUUGCAUGGAUGCAUACCUAUCCAUGCCUUGUCCCAUUCCCCUCUGGCUUACCUUGGAUGGUCCGGAAGAAUUGGUCAAGCUGUUUCAAAUCAGUCAGCAGCAAGGGUUCCCGUUAGCGCGAAUUGGAUUAAUCCUUCGGAUCCUGGUACCCGACCAUCACUCUUCCGUUCCACUGGGCGAGAAAUUUGGUACACCCUUGGAGGAGAUUGGGUUUUUGGUGCAGCAUGGAUUAGAAAUGGGGUUUCAGCCCACCAACUUUAUUGGAAUAUCCUUUCAUUGUGGAUCAGGAUGUCAUGAUCCAGCCACCUAUCGACUUGCAUUGCAAAUGACUCGUUCAGCGCUGGACCUCAUCCAUUCGACAUUUGAGCAGCAGCAAGCACGACCAAAUGAUUCAAAUACUGAAAUAACUGAGCACCACCGCUGUUCCCUGAUUGACAUUGGUGGUGGCUUUCCUGGAUGGGAUGGCCUCGGGGGCGAUCAGAAUCGAUUUUCCUACUCCUCUGACUCACAUCAUAAUCAUGAUGAGAACUCAACAACUGCUGCUACAGUAGACGGCAAUACUACUGGCGAGGAAACGACAGUCGAAACCACAAGCGCCAUUGCCGAAGCUAUACAACCAAAUUUGCAAGCAUUCGCCUCGGAAGGUUAUCAAAUCAUUGCCGAACCUGGACGUUAUUUCGUGGAGGCUGCGGCAGGACUUGUGAGUAGGAUUUACGACAAGCAAAUGCUAAGCACAACGCUACAAGAAGAAACAACAGCAAUUCGUGUCUACAAGAUUGCACAUGGCGUGCAAGGAGUGUUCAAAGACGUCUUGCUUUGCAACGAAAAUUUUACUCCGUUGCCAUUGAUGAUGAAUGACAGCCCCUGCGACAAUGCCACCACCACUAGCGACCAUGACACUGUGGUCCGACCACGAUUCAAAAGUAAAAUCUUUGGGCCAACAUCGUCCUCGUUACCAAACAACGAUGUGGUAUGUUCCGAAUGCCAAUUGCCGGAGCUACAAGUGGGGGAUUGGCUGUGCUUUGAUCGAAUGGGGGCGUAUACUUUAUCCAUCGCAUCCAGAGCUGGACGUCCAGUCAUGUGCUACGUCAAAGGAGGAAGUGGAGUAGUAGGGGGAGAAGGAACAGCAUGA